AUGAUACAAACCACUUCUGAACGAUCAAAAGAAAGUCCUUCUACUCUAUCUCCUAUUCCACCUGAAGAACUUGAAGAAGAAGGCGACAGAGAACCUUUGGACUUGAGUCUCUCUUCUGCUUCCACAAGGCUGGACGAAAGUGCUAAGAGCUCGUUUUCUUCGCCGAAUUCGAAUGGGGAUGCAUCUGGUGAAAUAAAGUUUCCACUGAUGUUAUCCGAAUUGCCCUUCAAUUUGAGCGCGUCAUCUUCUGCGACUCUAUUACACAUUUACCAGAUGCUUAUCGGAGUUCGUCUUUGGCGUUCGGGAACUAUUGAACAGAGUGUGCAACAACAACAACAACAACAGCAACCACCACAACAGACAAAUGGGGAAAGUGAUUUGACCUCCUCUGGUUUUCUUCCUAUUGCUUUACCUCCAUUACCGCCAGUUAUUCCAACCUCUAUCCUUUCACCCUCCGAACCAACCACCUUCAAUCAUAGAAGCCCCCGAAUGGAACCAGAUAAGCUUAAAUUAUCAUACUUUGCAAAGACUUUGCGGAAAUCUAAUCGACCAGGAGUAAGCAUAUCAACUCGGCGACGAAGUCAACACGGAGGGGCCGCUCCGACGUACCUUUGUUCGCAUUGUGGGCGAGGAUUCACAAAGGCUUACAAUCGCACAAUUCACGAACGAACUCAUACUGAUGAGCGUCCAUUUGAAUGCAUUGUUUAUACCCACUUAUUGAAGAAGCCCUUUUCCUGCACAAUCUGCAAUCGCGGAUUUUGCCAGGCACGGUCGUUAGAAAAUCACAAAAAGAACAAUCACUCCGAUCAAAUUGUGGGUGCUCUAUCUUUGAGUAGGCAAAAAUGA